GGGCCCGAGGGCUCCUUCCGGGUUGCGGGCGGAAGUGGGCCCAUUUGAAUCGUGUGGGCCGUUGGAUGGGGUAGCUCGCGGUUGGAGUGCGGCGCAGCGUGAGAAGGCAGAAGUGACACCGCCGCUCUGGAACUUCUGCCCAGUGCGCCUUGUAAAAUGAAUGAAAAGAAACCUGGUGACUCACAGAAUCUCGCUUGUGUUUUCUGUCGAAAAAAUGAUGACUGUCCUAAUAAAUAUGGAGAAAAGAAAACUAAUGAGAAAUGGAAUCUCACUGUACAUUACUAUUGUCUGUUGAUGUCAAGUGGAAUUUGGCAGAGAGGUAAAGAAGAAGAAGGAGUUUAUGGUUUUCUAAUAGAAGACAUCAGGAAAGAAGUCACUAGGGCUUCUAAACUGAAAUGCUGUAUUUGCAAGAAAACUGGUGCUUCAAUUGGAUGUGUUGCACCACGAUGUAAACGAAGUUAUCAUUUCCCAUGUGGACUUCAGAGAGAAUGUAUUUUCCAAUUCACUGGCAAUUUUGCGUCAUUUUGUUGGAAGCAUCGACCUGUUCAGAUUAUUACAUCUAAUAAUUAUAAAGACUCUUUACCAUGCACCAUUUGCCUGGAAUUUGUUGAGCCUAUUCCAACUUAUAGCAUAUUACGAAGUCCUUGUUGUAAGAAUGCUUGGUUUCAUAGAGACUGUUUACAGGUUCAAGCAAUAAAUGCAGGAGUGUUUUUCUUUAGAUGCACAAUAUGCAAUAAUAGUGAUAUAUUUCAGAAAGAAAUGUUGAGAAUGGGAAUUCAUAUUCCUGAAAAAGAUGCAUCUUGGGAAUUAGAGGAAAAUGCUUAUCAAGAGCUUCUACAGCACUAUGAACGUUGUGACGUCCGAAGAUGUCGUUGCAAAGAAGGGCGAGACUAUAACGCGCCUAAUAGCAAAUGGGAAAUAAAGCGCUGUCAGUGUUGUGGUUCUAGUGGCACACAUUUAGCCUGUUCCUCACUACAAUCCUGGGAACAAAAUUGGGAGUGUUUGGAAUGUAGAGGUAUUCUCUACAAUUCAGGGGAUUUCCAAAAACCCAAAAAACAUGCAUUACCCAACACUAAUAAUGUGGGAAUAACUGAUUGUCUGUUGGAAGAGUCAUCACCUAAAUUACCUAGACAGUCACCUGGAGCCCAGCGUAAAGAUCUGCUGAGGCAAGGCAGCAAAUUUAGAAGAGAUAUUGCAACCAUUAUAAUAGAGUUAGGAUUUCAAAUUAAAAGAAAAACUAAAAAAUUAUAUAUCAACAAAGCCAAAAUCUGGAAUAGUGCCUUAGAUGGAUUCAGAAAUCCAAACUUUAAUCCUUCAUACUCAAUUGAAGUAGUAUAUAUUAAUGAAAAUGAUAAUUUUGGAAGAGAGCAUCCUGGAUCAAAGCAAGAAUUCCUAAGUCUCUUAAUGCAACAUCUUGAGAACUCACCAUUGUUUGAAGGGUCCUUGUCAAAGAACUUGUCUCUAAAUUCUCAAGCUCUGAAAGACAAUCUUUACUAUGAAGCUGGCAAAAUGCUUGCCAUUUCUUUGGUUCAUGGUGGUCCUUCACCUGGUUUCUUUUCUAAAACCUUAUUUGACUGCCUUGUUUAUGGACCAGAAAAUACCCAACCAAUUUUAGAUGAUGUUUCCGACUUUGAUGUGGCACAAAUUGUAAUGAGGGUAAAUGCUGCAACAAAUACAGCUGACUUAAACUCAAUAAUAAAUGAAUUCUAUAACUAUCUAGAGCUUAUUGGAUGUCUAAGAAUUAUAACAUCAUUAAGUGAUAAAUAUAUGUUGGCAGAAGACAUACUUGAUUACCAUGUAAUUAAGAGAGUCCAAGCACCCUUUGAAAGUUUUAAGCAGGGUCUGAAAACUCUUGGUGUUUUGGAGAAAAUUCAGUCUUAUCCAGAAGCAUUUUAUAGCUUCUUCUGUCAUAAACCUGAGAAUCUUUCUGCAAAAGUCCUUAGUGAUCUUUUUACAGUACACACGUUAUCUGACGUACAGGCUUUGGGGUUUUGGAACAGUUACUUACAAGCUGUUGAAGAUGGUAAAUCUGCAACAACAGUGGAAGACAUUCUUAGUUUCACAACUGGUUGCAAUUCCAUUCCACCUGCUGGAUUUAAACCCACUCCUUCACUUGAGUGCCUUCAUAUGGAUUUUCCUGUUGGAAACAAGUGUAAUAACUGUUUAGCUCUUCCAAUCACCAAUACAUAUAAAGAAUUUCAAGAAAAUAUGGACUUUGCCAUAAGAAACACUCUAAGACUAGAGAAAGAAGAAAGUUCUCACUACAUUGAACAUUAAAAUGUUUUGAACAUAGAGAUGCUUCUUUAAAAGCUGCUAUUGAUAUUUUUGUUUCAGAAAUCUGUCCAUCAUCACUUUCAACAAACUGUCAGCUUCUUGGCCCAAUAAAACUUAAGAUAUGAACAUAAAGAAAUGUUUUGGCCGUUUUAGCUAAAAAAAAAUUUUGUUGAAGUGUA